UAUUUACAUCGAUACAUAGGCGACGCCCAUCACUAAUUUUCAUUGGCAUUUAAAUCGAACGGUUUCGGCGCGUUGUCCGCUUUGUGGCUAUUUUUCGUGAAUUGUGAGUGGUUGUGGUGUCGAUGGCAUAGUAGCUGCGAGUGAUCAAUUUGUGUGUUUGGCAUUGGCAUUGAUCUCUUAAAUUGAUUCGUUGGGAACGCAUUUAACUGGACGUGGUGUGUACAGAGCGAAAUUUGCAUCAACUCGGCGGCGAGGAAGAUUUUUGUGUUUCGAGUGAACAGCAAGGCAAAGGGGAUAUAGGAGCAAAAUGGCCGCAAAACCGGACGAUAAAAGCACAGAUAUACCGGAUCGUCUCUUCGACGCCAAUCAACGCAGGACUUAUAAGCGUAUGCGCUUCUUUGGAAAGGGCGGCUUUGCAAAGUGCUACGAAAUCAUCGAUGUGGAGACCGACGAUGUAUUUGCCGGCAAAAUCGUAUCGAAGAAGCUGAUGAUCAAGCACAACCAAAAGGAGAAGACCGCUCAGGAGAUCACCAUUCAUCGUAGCCUAAAUCAUCCCAAUAUAGUGAAGUUCCAUAGCUAUUUCGAAGAUGUCCAGAACAUUUACAUUGUCCUGGAGCUAUGCAAGAAGCGGUCGAUGAUGGAGCUGCACAAACGCCGGAAAAGUAUCACGGAGUUCGAGUGCCGCUACUACAUUUUCCAGAUCAUUCAGGGCGUCAAGUACUUGCACGACAACCGCAUUAUCCAUCGCGACUUGAAGCUAGGAAACUUGUUCUUGAACGAUAUGCUGCACGUGAAAAUUGGCGACUUUGGGCUAGCCACCCGAAUUGAAUAUGAGGGCGAACGCAAGAAGACUCUGUGCGGCACCCCCAACUACAUUGCCCCAGAGAUCCUCACUAAAAAGGGGCAUUCGUUCGAAGUGGACAUAUGGUCCAUUGGCUGCGUCAUGUACACUUUGCUGGUGGGCCAACCUCCAUUUGAGACCAAAACGCUGAAGGACACUUAUUCCAAGAUCAAGAAGUGCGAGUACCGCGUGCCGAGCUACUUGAGAAAACCCGCAGCGGAUAUGGUGAUUUCCAUGCUCCAGCCAAACCCCGAGAGCCGGCCAGCAAUUGGUCAGCUGCUGAACUACGACUUUCUGAAGGGCUCAAAGGUGCCAACUUUCUUGCCAAGCUCUUGCCUUACGAUGGCUCCGCGCAUUGGCCUCAACGACACCAUUGAAGAUUCCAUGCAUCGCAAGCCGCUGAUGGAGAUGAACGGCAUUAGGGAUGAUACCCGUCUGGAGUCGACAUUCCUCAAGGCCAACUUGCACGACGCCAUCACUGCCUCGGCCCAGGUGUGUCGCCACAACGAAGACUACCGCAGUGACAUUGAGAGCUUGCACCAGCAGCUCACCAAUCUGAUUAACAACAAGCCGCGCAUACUGCAAGGCAAUCUCGGGGAUGAGAAUACCGAUCCUGCAGCACAGCCUCUCUUCUGGAUAUCCAAAUGGGUCGACUACAGCGACAAAUACGGCUUUGGUUAUCAGCUCUGUGAUGAGGGCAUUGGCGUUAUGUUCAACGACACAACCAAAUUGAUUCUGCUUCCGAACCAGAUCAACGUUCACUUCAUAGACAAGGACGGAAAGGAGAGCUACAUGACUACAACAGAUUACUGCAAGUCACUUGAUAAAAAGAUGAAGCUGCUUUCCUACUUCAAGCGAUACAUGAUCGAACAUCUUGUGAAGGCUGGCGCCAAUAAUGUGAACAUUGAGAGUGAUCAGAUAUCGCGUAUGCCCCAUUUGCACUCCUGGUUCCGCACAACGUGUGCUGUAGUUAUGCACCUUACCAACGGUUCCGUGCAGCUUAAUUUCUCGGAUCACAUGAAGCUCAUUCUUUGUCCGCGUAUGAGUGCCAUUACAUACAUGGAUCACGAGAAGAACUUCCGCACAUAUCGCUUCGCGACCAUCUUGGAGAACGGUGUGUCCAAAGAUUUAUAUCAAAAGAUACGCUAUGCCCAAGAAAAACUUAGGAAAAUGCUGGAGAAGAUGUUUGUUUAAUUGUUUAAUGAUGUAUCCUAACACAUCAGCGGACUAUCAUUCUAAGGCACAAUGUUAGUUUAAGCUAAAUCACGAACGCCUUAGCCAACCCAACACAAAACCUUCGGGCCGACCUAAAAUAUUUCCCACCCCACUCAUCAGUUCCCACGCCACUGCUUUUUCAAAAUCUUAGCUUCUGUUUAAUUUUAUAUUUAAUGUUUAACGUUUUUAGUUUUUUUUUGUUUUUGCAUUCCAAUUUAGUUCCGUUUUAUCGUUUAUUCAUUGCAAAUGUAGGGCCACGCUGAAAUAUAAAUAUAUCUGUUUAAUGUUUUUCGUACCCGAACAUCGAAUAAUUUAUAAAUAAAUACAUACUUUUAGAAGUUACAAGUAAUCCUUGAUCGCCCACACAUCAUUUGAACAUUUGGAACUAUUGGAACCAUGCCGUUCGGGACUAAAAGUUUAUUUAUAUUUUCACCUGAGCUAAUAAAAUCCUUUUAACCACUA